CUUUCCCUUCCCCUAUCUCCUUUCAAUGUCUUUGUACAUUCUUCCCUCCCUCCCUUAACCCUCAUCCACUGCUUCCUUCCAUUCUGUUUGUGCUCUCUUCCCUCCCUCAAUCCUUCAUGCCUCCUACACUGAUUGUACCCUUCCCCUCCUUCCUCUCUCCUUCCAUCCUGCUUGCACCCUCCUUCCCUCCUUUUCUUCCUUUUUUCCUAAUGCCUACACCCUGCCACCGCUUUACCCUCCUUCCUUCUUCCAUCAUGCUGAUAAUCAUCCUUUGUCAAAAUCCAUUUUGUAUAUCUGACCCAUAUUUUCUAACUAAACGGUUUUUUUUCUGUUAGAUGAUUUUUUCCCCCCUUCUCUCUUUGCAUCUACACAUUUUAUCAUUGUCACUUUGAUCUUCAUCAUCAGUGAGGAAAGGAAAGAGGAAUCAAGGUAUUUCGCAAGAAAUUAACUGGAAAACCAUAUACGGUACAUGGAAAUUUACGCCGCUGGCUUGGGAUAUCCCGUCUGGCGUGGCGGAGAGGUUGGGGAGGGGGCAGGGGUCGGCCACCAGUUCCUGUAUAUAAGCGACGUUGCAUCUUCCACUCUUCACAUUACACAGCUAAACUUUAACCAGCAAUGAAUAGCAUCAAAGCCGUGAUUGUGUGUUGCCUCCUGGUGGCCGUCUCCGCCGGUGUAGACCGAAAGAGAGGUGGACAAGGAUCCAACAGAUUCCUUCCCGGAGGCUUCGGUGGCGUCCACGGAGGCGGUCUCUUUGGAGGCGGUUUUAAUAGUGGCGGAAUCCAUGGUGGUGGAAUUCAUGGUGGCGGUAUCCAUGGUGGCGGAAUCCACGGUGGCAGUGUUAUUAUCGGUGGUGGAAUCUCCACUGGCCCAAGCGAGUGCAGAUAUUGGUGCAAGACUCCGGAGGGUCAAGCCUACUGCUGUGAGACGGUGCAUGAACCAGAGACACCAGUUGGCACCAAGCCACUCACUUGCCCACAAGUCCGUCCCACAUGCCCACGAUUCCAUGGGCCCCCCACUACCUGUUCCAACGACUACAAGUGUGCUGGCCUCGAUAAGUGUUGCUUCGACAGGUGUUUGGGAGAACACGUGUGCAAACCUCCUUCAUUUUUCAAUAACCAUCUCCCCUUUUAAAGGUGCUUAUCGCCAAUAAAGAGUCAUCGAUUUUCCGAUUAAUAACGGAAGAUAGUAAAUCUGUGAUUGUUAGAUAUUUAUAUUUUGAUAAUAAAUCAUAUAUUUAUA